AUGGACACCUCACCGACCGCGCUGUUCGACUCCUACGAGCAGGACUUCAAUCAGAUCAUACAGAGCGUGCGCGGAAGAGUUGACGGCGAUGCGCAGGGCGAACAGGCAGAGCAGCGCAAGGCCGCGUUGCGCAGGGUGGAGAUGGAGCUCGACGAGGCAGAUGAGAUGGUCUCGCAAAUGGAAAUAGAGAUCCAGGGGAUCCCGCAGUCCAUUCGUCCUUCAUACGCGGGGCGAAUCAAGACUGCCAAGGCAGAGCUCCAGAGGUAUAAGAAGCUCUCCAAGGACCUACACGCUCAAUAUUCGCGCGCGGACCUCCUUGGUUCGGCCGCGCGUCCGGGCAUGGGCGACGCGCUCUCUGACGACCCGUACGGCACAUCAACCGACCGCACGCGCCUGCUGGCGGGCACAGCGAUCCUAGAGGACGGCACGCGGCGGCUGCAGGAUAGUCAGCGGAUCGCGCUCGAGACGGAAGAGCAGGGGACGGACAUCCUGCGGAGUUUGCGCGUGCAGCGCGAGCAGAUCCAGAAUGCGCGGGACACGCUUCAGCGUGCGGAUACAUCCAUUGACCGGGCCACGGGCACGCUGAAGAAGAUGAUCAGACGCAUGUACCAACAACGCGUCGUCACUGGCGCAAUAAUCGCCGUAUUGAUCAUUCUCAUCCUGAUCAUCCUCUGGGCGAAGCUCUGGCGGUGA